CGACAAAGAUUACAUUCCAGAGUACACUUCAGGAAAAGUGUAUAAUACAGAUGAAAUUAUCAAGCACAAACGUAACCGUUUCAUUAAAUAUGGAGCUACCACUUUGUUAAGACAAGGCCGUUACCAUUCUGAUGGUGCAUUUGUUAUACUAUUUGGUGAAAUAACACUCGUAAAUCAGAUAAAAAUCAUUGAUAUGGAUUUGGACUUUGCUGCUGAAGGCGAUUCUGGAGCGCUGGUAUUUUGUAAAUCUGACAAAGGAUUAGUUGCUGCUGGUCUCCUGGAGGGUGGUGGUAAAGGUUACACUAUUAUGACUCCCAUAUGUGACAUUUUGCAUGCAGUUGGAUAUUCUCCACCAUAUGCUCCUAAAACAUUUCCUGACGCAAAUGAUAACAUCAAUGGAAAGUGUCAUAUACAGAAAAACAGCGGACAACGGACAAAAGAAGAAAAAUUAUUAGCUGCAAAGAUGAAGGUUGCUAGUGGCAUUGAGGCUGAAAAACAAGAAAGUAUUGAAGUACCGAAGUGAUGAAAAGCAUAUCAUAACACAUUGAUAUAAAAAAAGACAACAAUUUUCAUGCCACCGCAGCAUAUAUACAGCUAUGGAAUUGAGACAGGAUGAUCAUUUGUAGAUGCAAAUUUUUGAUUUCGAUUGACCUAGAUUUCGAUUAUGUGGCCUACUUUUGUCUUUAGAACUACAAUAGAGCUACAAUAUUCAUAGCCAGACAAGUAUUUCUAAAUCUUAAAUUAUGAUUAGAAAUAAAUUAGGAAAUCUGGUCGUAUGUCCUAUGUCCUUCAAUCUCUAUGUCUUUUUUCGUAGGCGAUUUCGUCUAUCUUUCCGUCUUUCCUUCCAUCCGUUACUUUUCCGGUGAAUAACUUAAUUCAAUUUAAACUUAACACAGUGAUAGAGACCAUUAGGAAAUGCAAUGUUUAAGAACUAUAACUCUACUUUACUUUUAUUUUUUUUAUUUUUCUCCCUUAAAUUAAAAAUUCUUGUCUGGAGUAUAACUGUUAAACUAUCAAUGAUAUAUAAUUGAAACUAUACGCAGUUGUACAGACUUGUGAGAGUGCAGUAUUAAAGAACGAUAACUCUACAUUGCUUUAGUUUUUAAUUAUCUUCAGUUAUAUAUUAUGCUUAAUAAUGCUUGUCCGGAAUAUAGAUUCUAAACUAUCAAUGACGUCUUGUUGAAACCUUACACUUGAGACUAGUGAAAGGAAGCAGAGAAUAAAAUGACUAUAACUUUUAAGUACAUUGUUUUUAAAUUAUCUCCCUUUAUGAUAUUCAAUAUUGGAGAAUCUACAAAAAUAAUGAAGGAAUACUAAUGCUUUUACGGUGAAAUAACUUCAAAUGAAGAAUUUUAUUUAAAAAUCACAUAGUGAUGGAGACCAGAAAAAAUAUGUGUGAAGCUGUUAUUUUUAAAUUAUUUCCCUUAUAAUACUUCAGAACGCUUGCACUAGUUUAUAGCCUCUAUUCAUUGACCGAUAUUUUCUAUAUUUAGUAGAGUCUUUCCUCGGAUGAUCUUCUAACUUUG